AUGGAAGGUGGUGGGUUUCAUAAUCAUGUGAAAUUACAAAAGCAUCCUCCUGUUGCUCCUCCAUUAACAGCCAUUGGAAGGUUCUUGCAAGGUCAAAGUGUUCACAAUCAUUUUCCUCAUCACAAUUUUGUGAAGAACAAAGAAACAUUAAUCCCUACAAAUGGGGAUUAUGGUUUUUCUUACUAUUCGAAUCGAGGGAUCCGCGGCUUGUAUGAUGAAUCUAUCCCUAUGGACAUAUCUUAUCAUGGUGGUUUUCUAAAGAAUUAUCAAAACAUACAACUUAACAAUGAAGUGAUGAUCAAAUCUAGUACGAAAAUGACAUCCAAAGGCGGAUGUAGUAAGAACUUAAUCAAGGGACAAUGGACAGAUGAAGAAGAUAGGAAACUUCUUAAACUUAUUAAAGUGCAUGGAGUUCGGAAAUGGUCUCAUAUUGCUGAGCAGAUGAUUGGUAGAGCCGGUAAACAGUGUCGCGAGCGAUGGCAUAAUCAUUUGCGCCCUGAUAUCAAGAAAGACACUUGGAAUGAGGAUGAAGAGAGAAUGUUGGUAGAAACUCAUCAGAAGCUUGGUAACAAAUGGGCUGAAAUCGCGAAACUAAUACCUGGGAGGACGGAGAAUGCGGUCAAGAACCAUUGGAAUGCAACAAAAAGGAGGCAAUGUCGUCGCAAGAGCAAGAAUAAUGAUGCCAAAAAUAGAAAGUUGAGGUCUUCUAUUUUACAAGAGUACAUUAGAAGCAAGAUUACUAUUACUACUAAUCCUAGUGAUCAUAACCUCCCUUCCACCGCCACCGAAACCACAAAUGUUAGCACAACUCCGGGCAGUUCCGCCACCAUCUCCAAUGACAUCAACUUUCCUGAGCUACCAUCUAUAGACAUCACUCAAUCGCAUGACGAUGAGUUAACUUUCAUGCAAAACUUUUUUGGAGAUAACAACUCCAAUGAGUCCUCAUAUCACACCAAAGAUUCCAAAUCCUCUUUGCACAUAAAUCCACUUGGGAUUAAUGGCAAAUCACACUAUCAAUUUACACCAUAUGCAUCAAAGUCCAACGAGUCAAUCCACAUCAAUGGUUUGGAAUCCUCUUUAGACAUGAAACCCCUAGCUUUUAGUGGUAAUUCACAAUUAGGACUAGCUAAUUCAUCUUCAUCAAUCUCCAAUGAGUCGGUCCACGUCAAAGAUCCGAAAUGGUUUAGCGGCAAUUCACAAUAUGCGUUUGAUUUGUCUUCAUCAAUUCUUCAUGAUGAUAACUCAAAUAUAUGUUUAAACCAAGAAGGUUCCUCGAAAACUCGACUCGCUCCUGAUGUUUAUAUGUCUUAUCUCCUGGAAGGAGCCACUACAAUGUCUAACUCUAGCAGCCACAAUGGAGACACUAAAAGUGAGUUGGGGUUUGAUGCUGAACAAAGUGCUGGUUUAGGUUCUCCAUCAAAUGGGAAUAAAGAGAUGGAUCUGAUGGAAAUGGUGUUAUCAGCUUCUCAGUUUUACCAAGAGAGUAUCGAUCGAAAGGAAACAAAGUUUGGUGAAAUUUACAGGUUGAACCUUUUGAAGGGCAAAGAGUACAUUUGA